UACACCUUCACGUUUAUAUGAGUCAUACAUUACCUGUGCAAUUUUACUAUCAUAUAGUAAAGCAUUUGUGACAAUUGGACAUAUUAAGUUUCUACUACUAGUGUGCAAUUUUUCAUUCAAAUAUUGAUACGGAAAUUACAUUAUUUAAGCAUUUAUUGUGAAAACGGGCGUACAUUAACAAUAUUAUUUGACCAUUUUCUGUCAAUUAUUUCAAAGCGCAGACGACAAAAUGUCUAGUUCCAGACGACAAAGUUCAGAUGUGCCUGAAAUUCAAGUCGAUAAAGCAUCAGACGAUUAUACAGCGUCUAUAGAACUUUCAAACGCUUGCAGAGAAUUUUACAGGAACCGCGUGAAAGCUACAGAACACUUUAAGCAGUCGAUGAAUUGCAAAAACAAUGAGAAGACUACGAAACCUAACAAGAGAACAACCAUAGAUGAUGCCAUGGAUAAACUAAGAACAGAAAUGGCAUCCCUAAUGGACCAAGACCUUUCACUAAUGAAACAGCUACUCACACUCAACGAAGCGAUUGAAGAUUUGAAAACAAAGCGUCUUUAUCACGUGAGCAAAGAUUCACUCCGAGCUAGCUCUCAGGAAUUACACGCCAGUGAUUGGUCUGUGUCUGAAACGGAAAUGUUUGAAACUGAUGAUGAAAAUGAAAGAAAAUUUGAAAUAAAGAACAAAAUGUCAUCGCUAUCACUACCGGUACCUUUAACCCAGGACUCGAAAUUUGAAGGUCACAUGGGAUUUUCGCGUAGAUCAGACAUUACAAUUCUAGUUAGAGAUUCCAUCCAGAUAAACCACAGACCACAAAGUUCUCUGGAUUCAGGUUACGGGGACGACACAUAUCAAAAAAUGUAUAACGGACCAAUUGAAGUUUCAUUUUAGACUUAUGAAAAUAUGCAUUGUACAAAGUGUUUUCAGAGCUUGCACGACAAUCGCGUACCUAGUUGGACAUAUGAUAAAAAAAACUGUUUUCCAGUCCAAACUGCGAAGAACUGACAUCCAUCUUGUGAAAAGAGCAUCUUGAAGACUGUCUGUCCAAACAGUCAACUUGAGAGACCUUAUGGAAAUAGAUACAGUUGCUUUCAACCGGUGGUCAAGCGGCACACUCACUGGUGUUGUGCGUUGUUGUACGAUAUUGGACGCCUGAAGCUUCAAGUUUCCGACCGCCUUGCCAAGAUGUUGUCAAAAGACUAAGCAGAUUCCAUCAUCCCAAAAAUAACGCAUAUAUAUAUAUACAUACAUACCAUCGAUGCUCAUCAAAUGAUGAAAUUCCUACUUCUCGAACUCUAUCGUUUUUAGACAUUGCAGUUGUGACAAUGACUUUCUAAACGGAAUCUAUUCCGCGAAUGAUACCGCUUUGGAACAUGAGCCAGCGACAAUGACUUUUCAGCGUAUAUGUCGCUAAUGGACAUAGAUAGCGACCGUGACUAACUUUUCAGCGAAUUGUGUCGCAAAGGAACAUAGGCUAGCGACAAUGACUUUUCAGCGGAUAUUGUCGCAAAGGGACAUGGGAAAGCGACAGCGAUCAAACCCAUGAAAUGUGUCGCCAGGGACUUGGACCGGCGACACGUACUGCUGAAUUGUUUCUAUGAACUUUCAAUGCAGAUGCACCAUUGUGCUAGGUUUUAUCUGUGAUAUAUGUAUUCAAGGACUAUUUACGAAGACUGUGUUCAGAAUAUAUUACUGAUGUUGCUUGUAUACUGUAAAGACCCAAGAGCUUGAACUAACUUAACCGGUUCUGUAAAAAACACCACAAAGAAUUUAUAACAUAGAAAAGAUUGAAUGUACAGACAUGAAUAUUGUUUACUUAAAAAAGUUAUGAAUGAGCCAGACUAAAGCAAAUUCAGAUUAAUGAAUUUUAAUCAUAAUACUUCAAACAUAAAUCUUCAUUUGUAUUCCAUGAUUUUCUAGCAUUUAUUAUAAAACAGAAAGUUGGUAAUUUGGCGAAAAAGUGAAAACAAAAUUUGCUUAGGUAAACAAUAACAGCUUGAUUGCACAAGGCAUGUUAAGAGCAUGUAAGCCACACUCUGAUGAAGGGUUUGAUAAAUAGUUUUUUUUGUGUAUAUCUUAAGAUUAUAUAAAAUUGUAAUCAGUAUAAAAAUGGCAAUUUGAUCGCUCUAUUUAACUGCUUGAAUUAAUUUUAAUGUGAUAUUUCAUUAUAACUGGAUCAUUAUAUUAUAUCCGAUAUGCCUCUUGUAAAUGUAUAGUGCCAGGGGAGGUUGAAUAGAGAACUAUAAUGUGACCGAAUACGUAAUUAGUGCGCAAGGGCGGAUCUAGAAAUUGCAUUUUUAAAACGACGGUUGCCAGGCAAGAAAAUAUACAUGUAAUAUAUAUAUUUAUACCUGAUGUUAUCUGAUAAAAACUGAAAUGUAUUGUUCACAUAUACGAAAAGUAAAAGCGUAAAAUUUAAGAUGCAAACGUUCUCAAAAUUAAAUCAUACUGAAUAUACUAGUACCCAGUCUUGAUCCGCCCAUGCAGUAUGUAGUUUAUAAAAAUGCAAAUUAUGAGAAAAGGUAUGACGUCAAACCUUGGGAAAGAGCCAGUAUGAACAAAGUUUUCUUUCUAGUCAAUAUGUUAUUGAUAUAAUUGUUAAUUGCAAUAAAAUCUGUUAAAUACACAA